UAUUUUUGUAUUCUGUUCAGAAAAGUAGCUUCGCGUCGGGUGGUUCUUCCGCGUCGUGUAUUUUAACUUUUUUAAUGCACGGCAAACCGUUGAUUAUCCCUCGCAUAUUUGUUUGUAUUUUUAAUGUAUCAUCUCAUAUACUUGUCCAUGUCCAUUCUAUUAAUUUAUUAUUCUAAUUGUAUCAGUUAAUGGUAAAUGUUUGGAAAACGAGCAGCGGUUGUCGGUCAGGAAAAUUAACCGAAAUGAGCACCCCUACAAUGUUUGUUAUUAAUUGGCAUUUUUUAAGUCACAUAUUGAGUUCUCUUGUAUCUCUAUUUGUUCACAUUUCUCAUUUCCGUUUUGUUACAGAUUCAGUGAAAGUGUUGAAAGCAGUCUCUUCAUUAAAGCAGCAGAGAUUGAGAAACAGACAGGAGAGCAGAUGCCGAAACUGUUAGCAUCAGUCUGCAGCAGAUCUUUUCUGUAUGGACUGACUAACAUUAAUCAGAGUGAUUUUCUGCUGGAUCUUUACUCACUUGUGGAGAACUAUGAGAUAAACAGGAGUUUAAUUCCAGAAGUACUGCCCGUUUUCCAUUCAACACCUGAUGUCUGGUUCAUAGAUCUCUCACAGAGAAGGAUCUCCGUCCUUCUGGAAGUGCUGAAGCUCCAGACAGAGAAGAAAAUAGUAUAUCUGAGAGGAUGUUUAGAGGAAGAGAGUGAAGUCAUGAGUUUCCUUCAGUGUCUGCAACACAUCUCACAGCUGAGGUGUUCUGAGAAGUGUUUGUUAACUCUAGUUAAAGCAGUCCAGUUAAGAGAGAAUUCAGAGCUGGUGACUUCACUGUUUGAGGCUGUUGGCUUCUCCCUCAGCUUGGAAAGUCAUUUACCCAGCAAAACCUGCAGGUCUGUGGGGAGUUUCUUACGUUUCUCUUCUGACAGACUCGACCUCACUCUAAAACCUAAAGCUGUCUCUGUCAGAGGAACACGGCUUCUCUUCAGACACAUCACAAACAUAAACACACUCAGGCUGAAUGGUUAUAUGGUGGUGAAAGUAGUGCAGGCAUUGAGGUCUAUAAAGGUUCGAGCUCCCAUCACUGUUAAUGAGAUCACAAUUGAUCUGAAUGAGGAACAGCAGUCAGAGAGGCAUCUGUCCAGAGUCCUGAGCAGCUUGGCCAUCCUUCUGAGACUCUGGACUGUCCAGUGUUUGAACUUGAUUGGACACAAGAUUCAGUCUGUUUCUGUGUGUGUCCUAAUUUGUCACCAGGGACCAGUGACUCUCAGCCUGCCCAACGUGACUCUCCAGAAGCUGGUUGAAUGUGUCUAUGAAGCUCAGGAAGAAGAACUGACUCAAAGCUUCCUGCAGAAAGUGGGCAAUGAUCUGACUUUCUGUUCCUUGAGCUGGGAAGAGUUUCAUUAUUUUCUGCAGCACAGAAUUCAACAAAUCACUCUGAACUUAAGAUACAGCAACAUUCAGGUCAACAUUAGAGAAAUUCUGCCAUUCCUGAACCAGAUUAAGUUUAAACAGAUGAGCUCUGUCUUCAUGCUGUGUGCAAUCAGAGAGAUCUAUGAGUCUGGCUCUGCUGGGUUUGUGUCGAGUCUGUUGAGUUCAGUGAAGAACUACAUUAACCUGCAGAGCAGACAUCUGGACUCUGUUCACUCUGCGGCCCUGCGCUUCACACUGCAGCACUGCACUGCAGCUUCGCUCAACCUGCUCUGGACCUCCAUACCAGAGGAAGAGCUGCAGAGCAUUCUGCCUCUCUUCACACAUCUCUCCCACCUCAGUGUUGACAGGCUGCUGUUACUGAAGAUGCUUCACUGCUGCAGUGUCUCUGAUGUCCAGCAGGAGGCAGCAGCUGUUCUGCUCUCGAUCCUGCAACACAAGCUGGACUUCUCCUGCCGCUCUGCUCUGGAUCUGACAACAAACACAGACUCAGAGCCUCUACAUCUGAACGCUGACGACUGCCGUGUGAUGUCCAGAGUCAUUCAGAGAGCUCACUCAGACACAAAGACUCAGCUGAUUCUGCAGGACUGUGAGAUUCAUACAGCUGGAGUGGAUCAGCUGUUCCCAGUGUUACAUUCUGUUCAGCUCUGCUGUGAUAAACCUCUGCUGCUUCAGUUUCUGGCUCAUGUGAGGCCUGAGGAAGCUCAGUGUCUCUCUAGAGCUCUGGGUGAAGAGUUGGAUCUCAGUCAGACUCAGCUGGAUCUGCAGGUCUGUAGAGGUCUGGAGCUGAUUCUGGAAUAUUCUGAAGGACUGACAGAACUAGAUCUGAGUCACUGCCGUCUCACAGAUAACAGCCUGGAUCUGCUGCUCCCAAACCUCCACAAAGUGCAAAACAUUGAUUUUAGUGGCAAUAGCAUCACUGACGCUGGGGCUGAGAAUAUCCACAGGAUCGUCACUCGCAACAGUAACAUAAAGACAGUAAGGCUCUUCAAUAACAGAAUUGAAUCCAGAGAGCUCUUCAGGACAGACCCCCGAUUUGAGAUCUGGUGAUGCCAGUAAACUCUCUCUGGAAUCAACAAACAGAGGGCAGCAACAAGAAAAUCCACAGCGAAGGUGGCAAGGAGGAGAUAGACAUGAAAACAACCAAAAUAAAGAGCAAGUGCAUUUAUACCAUUGAUUAGCUGAUCUUCUCCUCUUCAUCCUAAAGAAGAGAAAGACCAUUUGCAAGCAGGCAGUGUUUCACUGUCUGACCUCUGUUUACUGCAAACACAAUACGAGAGAGACAUUAUACUCAGGAAAUCACACUUACCUCAUUCCUGUGACUGAAAUGUUUGGCUAGUUAGGCAGGAGGGUAAAAAAAAGGGCUUUUGUUUUUACAGCUACAGUAUUAAUGUCAUGGUACUAAAGCAGUUAGGAUAUGUCACAACUGUAUUACAGAUGUUUGCAGGGCUUUCCCCCUACUGUUACUUCUGUCUGUUUUUCCUUUUUUUUAUGAUAACUUUAUUUUUGUAUCGAAUCCUGUGUAGAGUUCUUGGCCAGUAUUAAUCUGUGGGUAUGAUCAUAAACUGUUGAACUGUUACUGUAAUAAAUAAAUCCA